CCUCCCCUCCAGUCUUGUACAGGUGUACCGGCUCCUCCCCUUCAGUCUUGCACAGGUGUACCGGCUCCUCCCCUUCAGCCUUGCACAGGUGUACCAGCUCCUCCCCUCCAGUCUUGCACAGGUGUACUGGCUCCUCCCCUUCAGUCUUGCACAGGUGUACCGGCUCCUCCCCUUCAGUCUUGCAGCUCCUCCCCUCCGGUCUUGCACAGGUGUACCGGCUCCUCCCCUCAAGUCUUGCAGAGUUGCACAGGCUCCUCCCCUUCGGUCUUGCACAGGGUGUACCGGCUCCUCCCCUCCAGUCUUGCACAGGUGUACCGGCUCCUCCCCUUCAGUCUUGCACAGGUGUACCAACUCCUCCCCAGUCUUGCACAGUAUUGGCUCCUCCUCACAUUUUGCACAGUUGCAGGCUCCUCCCCUUCCGCA